AUGGCGCUCUUGACCCUGACUCUUGGGCAAGUUCUCGCCGUCGGGCUUACAACCCUUCUCCUCUACACGAUCUCUUACCUCCUCUACAAUGUCUUCCUUCAUCCUCUCCGUGCUUACCCCGGGCCUCUCAUCAUGCGUGCCACCCGUUGGGACCACAGCAUCCGGCACAUGCGCGGGACCCUGCCGUUCGACGUGUUAGCACUACACAAGCGCUACGGCCCCGUCGUGCGCAUCGCACCGGACGAGCUCGCGUUUGCGGACCCCCGCGCGUGGAAGGAUAUCAUGGGUCACAAGGGUGGUGGCGGUAACAACGCAGGACACGAGGAGGACAUGCUCAAAUACGACAAGUUCUAUAGGCCGGUGGAAAGCGUGCCGCGGGAUAUUGUGAAUGCUGGGCGGGAGGAGCAUGCGUUGUUGAGGAGGACCAUGGCGCAUGGAUUUAGUGACCGGAGUAUGCGGGAGCAGCAGCCGCUGAUUCAGGGGUAUAUUGAUUUGUUGAUCCGGCGGUUGAGGGAGAACAGUGGUGAUGGGGGGCACAAGGUGGAUAUGGCCGCGUGGUAUAAUUAUACCACGUUCGAUGUGAUCGGAGAUCUGGCGUUUGGCGAGAGUUUUGGGUGUUUGGAUAACUCGGACUACCACCCAUGGGUCAAGGCCAUUUUCGAGGUUGCACGCGCUGGAACUGUGUUUCAGUGCUUGGCGCACUAUCCAGUUGUUGUGAAGCUUAUGCUUGCUCUCAUUCCCUCUAGCUUCAAGGAGGAGAGGGAAAAGCACAUGCAGAUGACGUUAGAAAAGCUGAAGCGGCGCAUGGAGGCUGGGAAAGAAAGGGCUGAUUUGGUGGAAGGACUCCUGAAGCGGGCGGACGAAUGGGGACUUACACUUGAGAAUCUCCAAGCGAAUAGCGCCAUCCUCAUCAUCGGUGGAUCGGAAACCACGGCGACCCUACUAUCAGGGGUUACAUAUCUUCUCCUCACGAACCCGGAGGCUAUGAAGAAGCUGACGCGCGAGAUCCGAGGAGCAUUCCAGUCUGAAGAGGAGAUCGACUUUCCAAGUGUCAGCACCCUCCCCUAUCUCCUCGCGUGUUUGGAUGAGGCCCUGCGGAUGUACCCCCCAGUCCCGACAGGACUUCCGCGUGUCGUGCCCCGAGGAGGUGCCAACAUUGCUGGAAGCUACGUCCCAGAAAAGACCGUGGUGGCCGUCCAUCAAUGGGCCAUGUACCACAACGACGCCCACUUCAAAGAUCCAUUUGUCUACCAUCCCGAACGCUGGCUGGGCGACCCGGCGUUUGUGGACGACCAUAAAGACGCAUUUCAGCCGUUCCAUCUUGGCCCUCGAAACUGUAUCGGAAAAAAUCUCGCAUAUAUUGAGAUGCGUCUCAUUCUUGCUCGGGUGUUGUGGAACUUUGAUUUGCGUAUCGCGGAGGACAGUCUGGACUGGAUGGGUCGGCAGCGGGUGUUUAACUUGUGGGAGAAAGGGAGGCUUCAUGCGUAUUUGACGCCAGCUGCUCGGCAAUGGAGGGGAAGAGGUUCGGCUCGCAGAAAAAUUAGGUACAUUGACCCAAGAGCGAUUCGUCAUUAG